AGUCAAGCACGCAUUAUGUUCACAGCUUUCCUCACUGCCGCCCUCGUGGCCUGUGUUGCCGCCGACGGUAUUCCAAGCUUCGUCUCUCCUGGAAAAUGUGCCUCAGUUGCCAACCAGGACAACUUCGACCUCAGGAAGUACGCUGGCCGCUGGUACCAGACUCACAUCAUCGAGAACCCUUACCAGCCGGUGACUCGAUGCAUCCACUCCAACUAUGACUAUUCCGAUAGUGACUUCGGCUUCAAGGUGACCACCGCCGGCCUAAACCCAAAGGGAGAAUAUCUUAAGAUUGACUUUAAGAUCUACCCAACAAAGGAGUUCCCAGCCGCUCACAUGCUCAUUGAUGCUCCUUCAGUGUUCGCCUCGCCGUAUGAGGUCAUCGAGACUGACUACGACACCUACUCCUGCGUCUACUCCUGCGUCACCACCGACAACUACAAGUCGGAGUUCGGCUUCGUGUACUCCCGUACCCCCCAGACCUCAGGACCCGCCGUCGAGAAGUGUGCUGCUGUCUUCAAGAAGAACGGUGUCGAGUUCUCAAAGUUCGUGCCUGUCCAGCAGACGGCUGAGUGCGUCUACAGAGCUUAAGUCUCUCUGAAAUAUUAAAAUGAUCUAAAAUGGAUUAGUCCAUCAUUCGCUUUUAAAUUCCAUCAUGUUAAGUGCGUCACCCUGACUUGACUUUGACGCAAUUCGUCUUUGCAUGUCUAAAAGUGGAUUGUUCUAUCUACAUAUUUGUGAGUGAAACUGAGGAACACUUGUAGACCUUUAUAACACAAUACCCAAUAAAGGCCUACACAAUACAAUAAUGUGUUGUGUAGGCCUUUUUUAUUGAAUACAAAUAUAAAUGCAUAUUUGUUAUAUUAAAAAUGGUUGUAAAUCACACUUGAGGGAUAAGCUUUAGCGUCACGACGGGUGAUGAAGCAGGAACAUUAAGUUCUAUGGAACUUUGUGAAUGUGAACCAAAAGUGGUGACUUGUCUUUUUAAUCUUAACUUACAGUAUGUAUAAAACAUGUAUAUGUGUAUAUAGAAUAUAUAAAUAUUAAUUGCGCUAUCAUUAUAGUAUGUAUGUGAACAAUAAAUAAAAUGUGACAAAAAUUUGA